AUGGGGAAAGAUGAACUCCUUUCUCCAGUAGCCAAAAAGCUUAAACUUCCUAUUGUCGAAAAAAUAAGGAUCAUUGCUCAGAAGGUGUAUGGAGCCGAGGACAUAGAGUUGUCUCCCGCUGCGCAGUCCCAAGUUGAGCGUUACACCCGGCAGGGAUUUGGAAAUCUUCCAAUUUGUAUGGCAAAAACUCACCUAUCCCUCUCACACCAACCUGAGAGGAAAGGCGUUCCCACUGGUUUCAUUUUGCCGAUUAGUGAUGUGCGAGCCAGUAUUGGAGCUGGAUUCAUCUACCCUUUGGUAGGAACGAUGAGCACCAUGCCAGGACUGCCCACGAGGCCGUGCUUCUAUGACAUUGACCUUGACCCCGUCACAGAGCAAGUGAAAGGAUUGUUCUGA